GCCACAUGUAGUUGAUGAGGUCUGGUCACCGACUUCGUCUACAGAAGAUCGACAAAGAAAAUAGAAGGACUAAUGGAUUUGGAGAGCGUGAAGAGGUAUCUGGAGAAAGGUAGUGGGCUUCUGGAAGAUGACGACAAGAAUCGAUCAGCGAUCGACGGUAUUCCUAACAGAUUCUUCGAGCGAUUCAUUAUGCAAGGCCUUCAUGUCGAUCUUGUGGAACCCGGUCGCGUUAUUUGCUCCAUGAAAGUCCCACCUCGUCUCCUGAACGCUGGCAACUUCUUGCACGGUGGAGCCACAGCCACACUCGUUGAUUUGGUUGGGUCAGCUGUGAUAUUCACGGUUGGAGCUCCGCAGACUGGAGUUUCAGUUGAAAUCAACGUUUCAUACUUGGAUGCUGCUUAUGUCAAUGAAGAGAUAGAAAUUGAAGCCAGAAUAUUGCGAGUUGGGAAGGCUGUUGGAGUUGUCAGCGUCGAGUUCAGGAAGAAGAAAACAGGCAAGAUUAUUGCUCAGGGGCGUCAUACCAAAUACCUUGCUGUUUCUAGCAAAAUGUGAAUUGCCGCCAGCACCAGGGGUAACUAUCCUACAACUGUUUUUCUUGUAUUGUAGAUGCAUACAGGGAUAAGUCUGGUUUCAAUAUAAAGCUAGCAGAAUUUGACAUUUGCUUCCACACUAUUGGUAAUCUUGGAAAUUGACAAAGUCCUCCCUGUUUGUAAUAAUUGAUCACAAACUUGGCUGGGUGUAUUGAGAAAAUGAAAUUAUACAGAAACCUCGGUUUAAUGGGGGGAAAAACCUCAGAGUAAGAGAGGAGAGACAUUAUAGUUGAGCUAGGCUUCAAGAAUGGUGAAGUCGUUACGGCUCAAGGUCGAGCAGGUGGUCUUUGUAUGUUCUGGACUGGUGUUGGUGAAUCGAAAUUGAGAUCAACCAAAUUCUUGCAGGCGCUGAAAAGAGAGGUGACAACCUUAUCACAAGAAUUUAGCUUCCGGGUUCUGGGAGUGGAGUCUUUCUAGUUGAUAUUAGGAAAUCUUUAUUUGAAAGAGACAACAACAUAGAAAACAACCUCACAAGAUUGUGCCGUGGAACAAAUGGCGCCUCAGCAAGGUCCAUGCUCUGAUGAUGGUUACUCAACAGGGAUAAAAAUAAAUUGGAAUGUUAAUUGGUGCUCUAGUGAGAAAAAUGGUGAUCGGCUACCUAGAUCUGAGCUAUCUCCCACCUGAAUGGAACCAUAGUCUUUUGGCUUUAACCCAAAAAUUAAAAUCCCCAGAGUCCCGGUGAUUUUCGUCCUAUCAGCUUAUGUCGUAUUAUCUACAACCUAAUCUCUAAGACGCUAGCCAAUCGACUUAAACUUGUCCUUGAUAAUCUGAUCUCGUAGACUCAAAUUGCAUUCGUGCCGAGAAGACUCGUUAGAGAUUGAAUGCUUUCAUUAGAGGUGCUAAUAAAACUUGUAACUCAAGCUCAAGUUAUGUACCCUGUAUCGGUAUUUCAACUUCGAGAAGGAAUUAUUGAAGAAAUCCAAGGGAUUAUCUCACAAUUCUGGUGGAAAAGAAGGAAUUUAGGCGCCCCUGGAUCCGCUGGGAGCCUGGGACAACUUUUGUGAUGAGAAGAAGUUUGUUUAACAGGGCUUUCGAGAUGUAAAAGCUUUUAUUAAAGCUACGCUUGCCAAACUAUUAUGGAGUGAUGUCACAAUACCUUCAUCCCUAGCGUCGAAGC